CCGCUCUGGGUCGUAAUGUUCUUGGAGUGGAGCUGGAUGUCUCUCUCCUAUGCAACUCUCUGCGAGAACAUCUUGGCCUCCGUCUGCGAGUCCUUCCCACUGGCCAUUAGAGAAAAAGCCCGGCUUGGUCUGGGACUCGCAGAAAAGAACACCUCGGGAAUGAUAAGCCGUCCUUCUCCAGGGAGGAUGGAGUGGAUCAUCCCUCUGAUUGUGGUAUCAGCCUUGACCUUCGUGUGCCUCAUCCUUCUCAUCGCUGUGCUAGUUUACUGGAGAGGGUGUAACAAAGUAAAGUCCAAGGGCUUUCCCAGACGUUUCCGUGAAGUGCCUUCUUCUGGGGAGAGAGGAGAGAAGGGGAGCAGGAAAUGUUUUCAGACAGCUCAUUUCUAUGUGGAAGAUAGCAGUUCACCUCGGGUCGUCCCCAAUGAAAGUAUCCCUAUUAUCCCUAUUCCGGAUGACAUGGAAGCCAUUCCUGUCAAACAGUUUGUUAAACACAUUGGUGAGCUCUAUUCUAAUAACCAGCAUGGGUUCUCCGAGGAUUUUGAGGAAGUCCAGCGCUGUACGGCUGAUAUGAACAUCACUGCAGAACAUUCCAAUCAUCCAGAUAACAAGCACAAAAACAGAUACAUCAACAUUUUAGCAUAUGAUCACAGUAGGGUGAAGUUAAGACCUUUACCAGGAAAAGACUCUAAGCACAGCGACUACAUUAAUGCAAACUAUGUCGAUGGUUACAACAAAGCGAAAGCCUAUAUCGCCACCCAGGGACCUUUAAAGUCUACAUUUGAAGAUUUCUGGAGGAUGAUUUGGGAACAAAACACUGGAAUCAUUAUCAUGAUUACAAACCUUGUGGAAAAAGGAAGGCGAAAAUGUGAUCAGUAUUGGCCAACAGAGAAUAGUGAGGAGUAUGGAAACAUUAUUGUCACACUGAAGAGCACAAAAGUACAUGCCUGCUACACUGUUCGUCGUUUUUCAGUCAGAAAUACAAAAGUGAAAAAGGGUCAGAAGGGAAAUCCCAAGGGUCGUCAAAAUGAACGGGUCGUGAUUCAGUAUCACUACACUCAGUGGCCUGACAUGGGAGUUCCUGAGUAUGCGCUCCCGGUCCUGACCUUCGUGAGGCGAUCCUCGGCCGCCCGGACACCAGAAAUGGGCCCUGUGUUGGUGCACUGCAGCGCUGGUGUGGGCAGGACCGGCACCUACAUCGUAAUAGACAGCAUGCUGCAGCAGAUCAAAGACAAAAGCACAGUUAACGUCCUGGGAUUCCUGAAGCAUAUCAGGACACAGCGUAACUACCUCGUCCAGACUGAGGAGCAGUACAUUUUCAUCCAUGAUGCCUUGUUGGAAGCCAUUCUAGGAAAGGAGACCGAAGUAUCUUCGAAUCAGCUGCACAGCUAUGUUAACAGCAUCCUCAUACCAGGAGUAGGAGGAAAGACACGGCUGGAGAAACAAUUCAAGCUGGUUACACAAUGUAAUGCCAAGUACGUGGAAUGCUUUAGUGCUCAGAAAGAGUGUAACAAAGAAAAGAACCGAAACUCUUCAGUCGUGCCAUCCGAGCGUGCCCGAGUGGGUCUUGCACCAUUGCCUGGAAUGAAAGGAACAGAUUACAUUAAUGCUUCUUAUAUCAUGGGCUAUUAUAGGAGCAAUGAAUUUAUUAUAACCCAGCAUCCUCUGCCACAUACUACGAAAGAUUUCUGGCGAAUGAUUUGGGAUCAUAAUGCACAGAUCAUUGUCAUGCUGCCAGACAACCAGAGCUUGGCAGAAGAUGAAUUUGUAUACUGGCCAAGUCGAGAAGAAUCCAUGAACUGUGAGGCCUUUACCGUCACCCUUAUCAGCAAAGACAGACUGUGCCUCUCUAAUGAAGAACAAAUUAUCAUCCAUGACUUUAUCCUUGAAGCUACACAGGAUGACUACGUCCUAGAGGUUCGGCACUUCCAAUGUCCCAAAUGGCCUAACCCAGAUGCCCCCAUCAGCAGUACUUUCGAACUUAUCAAUGUCAUCAAGGAAGAGGCCUUAACAAGGGAUGGCCCCACCAUUGUUCAUGAUGAGUAUGGAGCAGUUUCAGCAGGAAUGUUGUGUGCCCUUACCACCCUGUCCCAGCAACUGGAGAAUGAAAAUGCUGUGGAUGUUUUCCAGGUUGCAAAAAUGAUUAAUCUUAUGAGGCCUGGAGUAUUCACAGACAUUGAACAAUACCAGUUUGUCUAUAAAGCGAUGCUCAGCCUGGUCAGCACUAAAGAAAACGGAAACGGUCCCAUGACAGUGGACAAAAAUGGUGCUGUUCUCAUUGCGGAUGAAUCAGACCCUGCCGAGAGCAUGGAAUCUCUAGUGUGAUUGGAAUCCCGGAAGGGCACUGAAUUUGUAAAACUUCUGAAGACUGAGAACUUUUUUGAGGCCUUUUUUGCCAGACUCUAGGUUAUACAAUAACCCAGUUACUUUUUUACACUGAUAAAAGUUUUGAUAUUUAUUUUUUGCCAUUUUAUGUCUUAAUGGUAUCCUACUGAGCAUUUGCACCUCUGUUCAUUUCACACAGUGAAACGCAGUUUUCCCUAGUUUGCACUAUACGAUCAGUGUUACUGCCUAUAAUCUAAUACUAAAGCCCUGAUGUGACAUUCCAUGACAACAUACAUGCUACUUUUUAGUUCAGUACAGUGAAGGUCUUUGUUAUGACAGUGAAUCUUGGUUUAUGUUUAUUAUUAUUAUUAUUAUUGUUAUUGUUGUUAUUGCUAAAGCAGUUGCAUCCUCCUAGCAGGCAAUGCUGAACUUUUCCUCAGUCCUCUCCUAUUUUUUUCAGGCACUGCUCCAUACUGUCUGCCUUCUGUAUUUUAAUGGAGUGAAUGGGCAUUGUUUUCUUUUAAGGAAUAGCAGGUUCCUGGGAGCUACUAAGACAGUCUAUCAACCUCAUGGCCUUGAAACAGUUCUACUUAUGAUGGUGAAGGUAUCCAUUAAGAAAUUAGAAGGCUUUAAGAGCUUUAUGUGAACAUCACUUAUUAGUUAAAGUUAUAUUCAUAGCCUAAAAAAAAUGCCCAACUGUGUCAAAAUAAAGGAUAUCUCUGUAUUACAAUUUUCACAGUAGCUAUGUGGAUGGUGUGUGUUAUUUCCAUCUUGACCCUCUGAAAUAGCUAUACCCUACAAUGAGGGCUAUCUUUUACCAUAGAGAUAUGGCAAUAUUUUACACAUCUCACCUAUUCCUUUAGUAACUCUCCAUUCACACUUCUUGGUUUCUAAUAUCACACCUCAUGGCAGGUAAUAUAAUGAAAAUUUUUGCAGGUGUGUAAUUUUGAAAUUAGUCCUCUAAAGUAUCCCUAUUACUUAUAGCUAUCUAAUAAAAACUACCUAUAUAGUUAACAUUCUUUUCUUUCCUUCUUUGCCAAAUGUUUCCUAAUAAAUCCCUUAAUUACAUACAUUCUUCUACUUGGGAUGGAAGUGAAAAUACUGUAUUAGCUAGUCUGGGAUAGAUUCCCAAGUCUUAUGUAGAUUCCCACACAUCGAUAAGUCUGAUUCAGAGAGAGAAAUCAGAAUCUUAAACAGAAGGAGAGAUCAACAUUCUCAAGUAGAUUUUAAAAGAAGGAGAUGUGUCUUUGUGUGCUUUUGUGUUGUGGAUCCUCAAGAACAGACACACUUCACAAGAGGCUGAUAAUCAUUACACAGAACCCAAGGAAGUUACGAGAUCUAGCCUCUGGAGCCAUAUUUACCCUGCAGUAACUACAUAAUUGGGAAAUUAGGAGCAUUAAUAAGAAAUAUCAGUUCAGUUAGAAAAAUAAGCUACUACUGAGAUCUGUUCUUGUAUUUCGUAUUUGCAUUUGAGGAAUAACUUCUGUUAGAAGUGAAAUCAUCACCACAAAGAAAAGGCCUAUCACAAAGACAAAGGAUUUUGGUUAAUUUUUAUGUCAAUAAACUUUGACCAAAAAAAAAAAAAAA